CAUGGCCCCAUACUCGCGCGAGCUGAGCCGGUGCCAUGCUUCAACGUGAGGUUCUGUUGAUUAAUCGUAUAUAACGGUCUGAUAACUCACACUGUGCCCUCACUAGCAACAGUCAAACACAACAUCUUAACGCCCACCAAUACCAACAUGUCCAUCACCCAAGUAACAACUUCGGCCGCGCCCAAGGUCCACCAUGUUACCCUCACAGGGCGUGCCACUCGUCCAACAGAGCCAAUCCCUCAAUUCCUGAUCGACGACGCCAAAGUCGAAACAAAGCAGGCAUUCGAUGCAAAGAAGCAUCUGAAUUAUGAACCUCCAAGCAAGAUCACCACCAUGAAGGAGAUCGGCCUCGAAGGCCAGGGCAUUUCGCCCAACGCAGUUACUGCCCCGUUCCAACUCUUCACUGAGGAAGCUAUCAAGCAGAUGCGCGCUGAAAUCUUCAGCCAGCCGGUGCUGGAUAAUUGCCAGUACAUGUCUGAGUUUGUCAAGUCAACAAUCCGGGGGAUGGGCUCUGCUCGCGCGCCCUUUAUCUGCGACGCCUGGAAUAGCCCCGAGGUUCUGGCCAUCGUCUCCGAAGUGGCUGGCAUCGAGCUGGUCCCCGCCAUGGACUACGAGAUUGCCGCAAUCAACAUCUCAGUAAAUAACCAGAGCGUGCCAGUCUACACCGCUCCCAAGCAAGAGGACGAUAGUCUUCCUGCCUUUGCGUGGCACCGUGACAGUUACCCCUUUGUCUGUGUGACGAUGCUCUCUGAUUGCGUUGGUAUGACUGGCGGCGAGACUGCGCUGAAGACUGCCUCGGGAGAGAUCUUGAAAGUUCGCGGGCCUGCUAUGGGCACUGCUGUUGUCAUGCAGGGGCGAUACAUUGAGCACCAGGCCCUGAAAGCAUACGGAGGCCGGGAGCGCAUUAGCAUGGUGACUUCAUUCCGACCGAAAUCGCCGCUUGUUCGCGAUGAGUCUGUUCUUACUGGUGUGCGACCGAUCAGCAAUCUGUCCGAACUGUACAGCCAGUAUACCCGGUACAGACUGGAAGUCAUCGAAGAGCGAGUCCGAGACCGUCUGAAGAAGGAGCAGUAUCGGGAGUUCGCACAGCGGCCCCUUGAUAUUGCGGAUGUGAAGACGUUCUUGACGGAGCAGAAGGAGUAUAUUGAGUCAAUGAUUGAGGAACUUGUUGAGUAA